AUGAACCUCUCCCCUUUUCAAAAGCUGAGAUAGAGUGAUUUAUAGUUUCACACAUCGGGGACAAGGACAGACAGUUCUAACAGGAUGGAAAGAACAACAGUUAUCGUUUCUCUGCUGGUCCUGGGAUGGACCCAGACUAUCCAGGGGCUUCCACUGCUCCCAGAUCCCCUUUACAACACGCAGGACAACUUUGAUUUGACCAAGUUUUUAGGAACUUGGCAUGAUGUUGCCUUGGCAUCUACAUGUCCUUAUAUGCAACGUUACAGAGGAGAGUCAGCUAUCGGUGAACUGGUGCUGGAUGAAAGUACCACCGAAGGAAAGAUUGCAAUGACCCGGCGUGUGCUCAGACAUGGCACAUGUAAGGAGAGGACUGGGGAUUACGAGUUGACCAGCACACCAGGGCGAUUUUUCUACCAUAUUGCAAAGUGGGAGGCAGAUGUUGAUGCUUAUGUGGUUGACACAAACUACAACGAGCACGCCAUAGUGAUCAUGAACAAGAAGAAGUCGUCAGGAAAUCCCAGCACCUCCAUUAAGCUUUACAGCCGAACAAUGACCGUCAGUCCCUCUGUGCUGGAAGAAUUCAAAAAGCUGGUCAGAGAACAGGGAAUGAGUGACGACACUAUCAUCAUUAAAAAGGACAAAGGUGACUGUGUUCCUGAAGAGCAGCCAACAACAGAGCCCUACCCUCAGCGGAUGAGGAGAAACGUGGUGCGUACCCUGGAACCUGCAGAUGGGGAAGGCUCUGGUUUUGAAGAAACCCCAUUCAAUGGAGCCGAAGGUUGCAAAGCAGAACCAGAUACAGGACCGUGUUUUGGAAUUAAACCACGUUACUUCUACAACUCUUCCUCGAUGAGCUGUGAGCUCUUUACUUAUGGAGGAUGUUUGGGAAAUCAGAACAACUUUGAAAGCGAGAGAGAGUGUCUGCAGAGAUGCCGAACCGAGGCUGUAUGCCGCCUGCCCAUGGCGCCUCAACCCUGCAACGGUAAGCCAACUAUCUGGGCCUUCGACUCCUCUGCCGGUCUAUGCGUGGCCUACAAACAAAACUUCUGUCAGGCAAACGCUAACAAGUUCUACAGCAAGGCGGAGUGUGAUGAGUACUGCGGAACACUGAACAAUGAAGACUGACCAUUGUCAAACUGAUGAAGAUGAAGAAGCAUACCUGCUUUUCUGAGAUCCUUUUACAAAUAUGAAACACGGACCAGCGCUGCACAAGGUGGACAAUAAAGAAAUCACACGUUUUAACAGCAGUGAUGUCACAUCAUGCCAUCUCAUCAAUAAAAGACGUCCAUACUC